CUCGGCCUCGCCGCCGGGCGCCGCGGGAGAACUGGCGGGGCACAACGGGGGCUCGGGGGCUGCGCGGGUGCCACGGGGGGCCCCGGGGCUGUGGAGGGGGCCAUGUCGACCCUGGCCCCCCUGCGUCUGCUGCGCGAGCCCUCGAAUGCCAGCGAGGGCAACCAGAGCAACGCCACGGUCGGGGCCAGCAGUGGCUGGUGCCAGGGGCUGGACAUUCCCAACGAGCUGUUCCUGGCGCUGGGGCUGGUGAGCUUGGUGGAGAACCUGCUGGUGGUGGCCGCCAUCCUGAAGAACAGGAACCUGCACUCGCCCACCUACUACUUCAUCUGCUGCCUGGCUGUGUCCGACAUGCUGGUGAGCAUCAGCAACCUGGCGGAGAUGCUCUUCAUGCUGCUGCUGGAGCACGGGGUGCUGGUGAUGCGCCCCAGCAUCGUCCGCCACAUGGACAGCGUCAUUGACACGCUCAUCUGCAGCUCCGUCGUGUCUUCCCUCUCCUUCCUGGGGGUCAUCGCCGUUGACCGCUACAUCACCAUCUUCUACGCCCUGCGCUACCACAGCAUCAUGACGCUGCAGCGGGCCGUGGUCACCAUGGCCAGCAUCUGGCUGGCCAGCACGGUCUCCAGCACCGUCUUGAUCACCUACUACCGCAGCAACACCAUCCUCCUCUGCCUCAUCGGCUUCUUCCUCUUCAUGCUGGUCCUCAUGCUGGUGCUCUACAUCCACAUGUUCGCCCUGGCCCGCCACCACCUCCACAGCAUCUCCAGCCAGCAGAAGCCACCCGCUGCCCACCGUGGCGGCAGCCUGAAGGGCGCAGUCACCCUCACCAUCCUCCUGGGCGUCUUCUUUAUCUGCUGGGGGCCCUUCUUCUUUCACCUCAUCCUCAUCGUCACCUGUCCCACCAACCCCUUCUGCACCUGCUUCUUCAGCUACUUCAACCUCUUCCUCAUCCUCAUCAUCUGUAACUCGGUGAUUGACCCCCUCAUCUACGCCUUCCGGAGCCAGGAGCUCCGGCGGACGCUGCGGGAGGUGGUGACGUGCUCCUGGUAGGCAGGGGACAGGAACCGGCACAGCCGCCCUGCCCCGAAACGGACAGAGGGACGGACUGACGGACGGACAGGACGAGCCGCGGGGGGCCCAGUCCGGGCGAGGGACUCACGGUUCCCAAUAAAGGCUCUUUGCAGUG